UAAAUGCUUCAGUUUUGCUGUGGGAACAGACAAUGCACGGAGGUAUCCCUUCUGUCAAAGGAUUGUCUUUAAAACAGUUGGAAGUCAGCCUACCCUGCUGAUAAAUAAUAUUAACCUAUUGCAGAAUGAACACUUGCAAAUGCAUGUAAAUCUGCUCAAUCCUGCUUACUUCUUGCAUGUCUUUCCAGAGGAGUGCAUCAAACAUGUUAAUGUUAACUUGGUACAAUGAAAUGUUAUAAACUGAAAACACGAUUUCUCAGUUUCUGUUCUGACAUCAGCCACACUAAAGACAGGUGUAAAGGGAAGGUGUAGGUGUGGAGAGCAAAGUCCACAUUUGGUCAUUUCAUUUGAUUGGCCAGUCUGAGGUCUUAUCUUGUAAGGUGCGGCACCAGUGUGUAGUUCCUGUGAAAGAAAGCCUAUUUGGAGUAGAACAUUUAUAAUUGUUUUUAGAAGAGGGAUUUAUUCAAUAUCAUUAAAUACAGACAACAAUGGGUGCUGUGGAAAGGUUAGUGUGUGGACUUCACAUACUCUCAGUUCUUUCAGUCACCAUGGGGAUUCAUGUGGAGUUUCAGAAGCAAGAGUAUGAGGUUGCCAGAGAUGAUCCAGUUGACCUGAUAUGUACAUUCCAGACCAAAAUGGAGAACAGUCCCGCUGUUAUAAUCACCUGGUCAGCUGACCCUGAUGACCCAGCAGAACCACUGAUAACUAUCGGAACUUACUACUAUACUACUACUAAAAAACAGGUAGACAUGAAUGCAGCAUACAAGGGCCAAGCCACUAUGACAAAUGAUGUACCUGGUGGUCUGUCAACACUGAGCUUCUCUCAUGUCACUCUGCAAGAGAACAGAGUCUUCCAAUGCACAGUACAGAUCCCGGGGGAUAAUGUUGGGCAGCAGGCGGACACAACCCGAGUGGUGGUACUGGUUGCCCCAUCUGUGCCCGUCUGUAAUGUCCAGGGUGCAGCAGAGUAUGGCCACAAUAUCAACCUCACCUGCAAGUCUGAGGAGGGGUCUCCAACACCCACAUACAAGUGGCUGAGAUUUGACCCCAGGAAUAACCCCCAACCCUUUCCACCGAGAACUGUUGAGAGCAAUGGAGUUCUCUCUCUCUUCAAUGUAUCGAUGGAAACAUCCGGAUAUUACGUCUGCACCUCAACCAAUAAGAUUCGUUCUAAUUCAUACAACAUGACGCUCAGUGUUGGGCCACCUACCAUGAAAGUCGGCGCCACAGCAGGGAUCGUGGGUGGUUGUGUUGCCGGAGCAGUGGUCCUCAUCAUCGUUGUCUAUUGCUGCUGUUGCAGGAAGAAGAAGAAGGAACCAGAAUAUGAAAUGGAAGAACCUGUUGCGUUCCAUGACGAACCACCUUUGGAGACUGAAAAUGUGAAUGUUUUGAAUACUGUGGAUCGGUAUGAAGAGUCCAGAGAGGAUGACGGCAAACGCAUUGGUUAUCAACAGGAUGAUCGCAGUGAUCGCAACGAGGGCAGUCGCUCUAGUGAUCGACUUGACCGUUAUGACGAGGGUCGCAGUCGCUCCAAUGAUCGACUUGACCGCAAUGAUCGACUUGACCGCAAUGACGACGGUCGCAAUCACUCAAGUGAUCGACUUGAUCGAUAUGAUGACGGUCGCAGUCGCUCAAGUGAUCGACUCGAUCGCCAAGACGACAGUCGCAGUCGCUCAAGUGAUCGACUCGAUCGCUAUGAGGACAGUCGCAGUCGCUCUAGUGAUCGACUUGACCGCUACGAAGGUAGUCGAGAUCGACUUGAUAACAACAGUGAUCGCUAUGAGGACAGUCGCACUCGAUAUGACGAUCGGCGUGACUACUAUGCAGACAAUCGAGAUCACCAUGGCAAUGGUCGUUAA